AUGGUCGACUUCAGUCUUGGUUUCGUCAUCACCGUCGUGCAAGAAAAAGUAAAGGGUAUUCCAGAGUUCCGAAAAAUUAUCUCUGGUCAAAACAUAAUGGCCUUCUCCAGUAAUCUUGCCCUUGUCGCACAGUCAAUCAGAACUGGAUAUCUUCUUGAUAUUUUUGCGCCUCAGAAUCCGGUAGCCCUCUUCUCGCGUUUGCUUGAGGACCUCCGCAGUGACACUAGAACCAGAGAUUGUUUUGCAUCAGUGUUGCAUCUAUUCGAACCAUCCUUUGAUCAAUCCUUUUUCGUGAACACAAGGUUGCUUUUUCAUCGGAUCGAGAGUUUCAAUCAACCUGCAACAUGUUUGUCAUUCCAAGAACACAUUGGCUUGAGGCCAGUAUUCGUUCACCUUGGAGCCUCUUUUGAGAUUGUCGACCCCCCUACACAAAUAGUGCAACUAUUAGUUUCUUUAUUGGAUCUAGUUUCUACAUCACCCACGCCAUCCUCCCAUACUCUCCCAAGUGAUAUCCCUAUGGAACUUGCUGUUGCCUUGGCGGCCAUAUUCCUUGACUAUCCAAUCGCAUAUGUGCCUUCCGUAUCCCACCAAAACGCACUGUCUGGGAAGCCUCUCGACUUCUAUGAAUGCUCUCUUACAUAUUUUGAAGGAAACGGACGUCGCGAAGAAAAUCCACGGGAGAUCACUCACACAAUCAUGAAGUUCUCAUCUCCAGUAGAGUUGUGGACGUGUCGACCAAACGAAUAUAUGCAACUCCAGCCCCAAUCAGUGAUAGAAAACCUUCGGAAUAUGUUCCAGAAAAGGAUACAGAAUUUGCGUGGUGUCCGCAUCAUCGCAGUUGAACAUUGCACACGCACACUCCAGCAUGUUGCAUUUUAA